GAAGGACCCCUGGUGGCGCAUGCGCACAUGCCACUUCUUCAGAAGUACUGCACCACCAGAGAGAGACGACGGACAAACAUUUAGUGAGAGCUCGUUAGCGUAGGGAAGUAAUAAUCCUUUGACCAAAAGCUUCUCCAUCCUGAAUAAAGUAAUGAGGUAGUCAGUCGGACAGCUAAUUAUAGUACCUAGAUUAAAAUACACUGGCAUUGCCACUGUGAAAAUGGACCAGGAGUUUGAAGCCAUAGAUUCAGAGGGCCGGUGGCAAAAGCUUUACCUAGAAAUAAGGAAUCAGUCCCACGAGUGCUCCUACAAAGUGGCAAAGUAUCCAGAGAAUCGCAACCGAAACAGAUACAGAGAUGUUAGUCCAUUUGAUCACAGUCGGGUGAAGCUGGAGAGCACAGAAAACGACUACAUCAAUGCAAGUCUGGUAGUCAUGGAGGAAGCCCAGAGAAGUUACAUAUUGACUCAGGGCCCCCUCAGGAACACCUGUGGCCACUUUUGGCUCAUGAUCUGGGAGCAGAAGACCAAGGCGGUCAUAAUGCUUAACAGGGUCAUAGAGAAAGGCUCAGAAAAGUGUGCCCAGUACUGGCCCACAGCCGAGGAGAGGGAGAUGGCCUUCAGAGACACACGUUUCUUGGUCACGCUGCUGUCAGAAGACACCAAGUCUUACUACACCACCAGAGUGUUGGAGCUGCAGAAUCUUAGUACAGGGGAGAAGAGAGAGAUCUGCCACUUUCAUUACACCACAUGGCCUGAUUUUGGUGUCCCAGAGUCCCCGGCGUCCUUCCUAAACUUUCUCUUCAAAGUGCGGGAGUCGGGAGCGUUGGGGGUCGAACACGGGCCGGCUGUGGUUCACUGCAGCGCUGGAAUUGGACGCUCUGGGACGUUUUCAUUAGUUGAUACGUGUGUGGUCCUGAUGGCCAAGAGGAAAGACCCCUCAUCAGUGGACAUCAAAAGCAUCUUGUUGGACAUGAGGAAGUAUCGCAUGGGCCUGAUCCAGACCCCUGACCAGCUGCGCUUCUCCUUCAUGGCUGUCCUCGAAGGAUCCAAGUGCAUCAUGGGAGACUCCUCUGUACAGAACCGGUGGCGGGAGUUGUCCAGGGAAGAUCAGGAGCCGACAUCGGAAUCUCCCCCCUCAACGCAGCCUCAGGCCAGGUGUCCGACAGAGCGAUUCAACGGCAGCCAACGGGGAGGUCAGCCGGAGGAGGGAGGAGACUACAGACAGGAUGACAAAGUACAAGCACAGUCUCCUUGCAAGGAACAGGAGCAGGACAUCAGCACGACACACAAACGACGCAGAGAAGACAGCAUCUCCAAAUCAGGCACAGCCAAGACACCCCAAAGCAAGCCUAGGACAAACGACUCCGAGAAGAAAAGAAAAAGUUUGGGCUGCAUUUGCUGCACAUGACAAGAGCUGGCCUGUCCAGUGGGGGGCAGUGUAUAUAUACCCCCCUCUGGGACAGCAACAACAACCACGAAGAGCACAUUUAGAGGACGAGGUUUACCCACAGCUUUUAAAAAGAGUACAUGGAGGUGUGUGUGCACUUGGUGUCUGCUGUGUUUUUGUUUUCUGUUAAGGUUUUUGCUCUUGGUUUCACGAUUUGCUUGGCUCCUGUGGUUUGGAGUUGUGUUCAUUUUGGCUGCACUCCAGCAUGGUGUGUGUGUGUGUGUGGGUGUGUGUGUGUGAGGUGUGUACAUUUGUGGUUUAGGUGUUGAAGCUCUAAAAUGUCAGGUUGAGUUGGAAUAAUGCAAGGUGCUAAUUUAUGCUGUGCAUCAUAGAUUCAAAUUUGGUGGCAUUCUUUUUGUCGGUGUUUUCAAUCUUGUCAAAGGUUAUUGAGCACACCAGUGUAAAACACGAUUAUAAUCAACAACCACAAACGUUUUCCCCUAACUAAGAAACUGCUUUGCAGAUAAAAAUGCUGCUGAAUUGUUUCAUCUCUGUUGAUAUUUAUCCUGUAACAGUUGUGUUCUUUUUACACGUUAAAUGUAAUAUUCAUGCCGAUGUAAGUAGAUUUUAGCAGUAAAAGGCACAGGGCAGUAUAAAUAAUAACACAUCAAAAGCCAAAUUUGGGCAGAUUUACAUGCCUACAGUACAUAACCUUUGUUUUGGCUGAAUUUGAACUUGGAAGUACAGUAGGCCACAGUGCUCAUCUCAAGUUCAGAGAGCCCAAGAUUACUUCUUUGAAAGUCUUUUUCGUCCAACCAACAGACAAACCCCCAAAUAUAUUCAAUUAAAGGGGUGAUAGAAUGCAAAAACAAUUUUACCUGGUUAUAGUUGAAAAACAACAGUUUGGUGGGUAACUAGGACAUACAUAGAACCUCAAAAUCCCAUUGACACC